AUGUUCAGACGUUUCUGUCAGUGUGUUCAGGCCACGCGGCAAUUGGCGACAAAAAUACCCCGAGCGAACAAGCUACCCCCGCGUCCAAAGCUCAAUGAGGACGAGAUCGCCGAAAAAUUCAUCAAGGGCGGCUCCGGCAAGGGCGGCCAAAAAAUCAACAAGACCAAUUCGAAAGUGCAACUAACACACAUUCCUACAGGGCUGGUGGUCACAUCGCAGGCUACAAGGUCACGUGAACAGAACCGUAAGAUUGCGCGUGAGCUGCUGGCGGCCAAAAUCGACGAAAUGCGCAACGGCGAGAAAAGCAGGGCCGCCAUAGUAGCUCUGCGCAAGAAGAUGGUGAAAGAGCGUGCCAAAAGGAAGACCAAGGCUAAAUAUAGACAGCUCAACACCGCAUCUGACCGUGACAGCCAAUGGGACGUUGUCGUCGACUUAGACGAGGACGAACGAAAAGUGUAAUUCACAAACUCAAAUACAUACUAGCCAAAAAAUCACUGUUUUAUCUUGCGCAUAUUCUCCAGCUGUGUUCUGUAGUCAUGUUCUCCGUGAUACAGCUCCAGCAGCGAGUUAAGAUGGCUGUCAUUUUUUCCCAGCCAUUCCAAUGCCUUGUUAGACCAGACACCGGGUUUUUGAACAAGCAGCUCUUUACCGUUGGUGUCGAGAUAGUUCUUGAUACAGUCAAGAACGAGAUUGCGUCUCGAGUUGCAUCUAUGGAAGAGGAAGAUGAUGUAGUACUCCUUGAUUCCCAGGCUUGCCAAUUGAGAAAAGAGCGUUUUCGUUGGGACGGUGACCUGCGGAUCCAAAGUCUUCUCGAGCUGUUCUAAAAACGACUCUUUGCGUGGCAGCACGUCAGCAAGAUCAAUUGGCGGACCGUCAUUCUUCAACGAGAGCGCAAAGCGUGGAUCCGAGAAGUAAGUCGUAGGUUCGUCGACAAACUCCAAAGGCGGCUGCAUACCCUCGAUCGCAGGGUCGAUGUUCGCAGAGCUGCUCCGCUGGUCGCGUUUCGCUCUCUUUGCCGGAGGCACGUCCUGCUCUUCUUGUCUAAAAUUCUUAAAAGCAGUUACCAAAUCCUGGUUGGCCUGCUGCGCUGCCAUUGCGAUCGAUUGCUCGAUUUGCUCCUGUGGCGUAGGACGCAAAAACUGGUUCUCUGGCCGAGGAGCGGGCACAAACUCCGGCUCGACGAGGUCUGACGCUUCCAUUGUUUCUAGAUUUGCGUCCAAAAACUCAUUUCCCUCGGGAAUAUUGGGGAAAUACAGUUUUGGACCAGAUGCUCUUUUCAAAUGUUUUCUGGCAUUCAGCCAGUCCUUGUUUGCAGAAUUUGCUGGCUGAGGCUCCUUGUCCUGUCUAAUCUGCAUGAUGCAGUACUUGAGGUAGUUGGCAAUACCAAAAAGACUCAAAAAGUUCUUGUAUCUCUGUCUCCAGGAUUCAGAUGUAUGCCUGGGAUGAGAACUAGCGUAAUUGUCAAAAAAUCCGGUAGGAAAAUUAAUAAUCUCAAACCCCUUAUCGUCUGUCGUCGGUCUCAGCUUCAUGUAGAUUGUCCUGCACAUUUCGAAAUCCUCCCACGCAGAAAAGUUGGUGGUUUUCUUCUUGAUAUCGUAAUCCCGAAUAUAAUUACCAUUGGCGUCUCUCAGCAGCUCCUUAUUGGGUCCAGCCUUGUAAACAUACUCAAUGUCGUACUUGAGCGUACGAAUGCGCUCUCUCAAUGACGCAGCACUGCGGUUUCGCUCCUUGAAAAAAUCUAGCUCGGCAAUAUCCUUGUAAAUUUGGUGGCCCUUGUAGCCCAUCCACGGCCGUUUCCUGAUUUCCUCAAACAAUACGUUAUCCUCCUCCUGAGUGAAAUAUCUCAUUGUGGCAGAACUGCUGAUAUUGGUAAGAGGACUGGGUGCUGAGGGUUCAGCUGGGUUGUGAAUCUCGUAAUCCGACAGAUUCUGGAUGCCAUGGCUGAUCGAUUUUUGCACGAAUUCGUAUCUGUAAACAUGGAAUCGCUUAAGAUCCUCGCUCAUCAGAAAUUCUUCAGAAGAAAGUAUAACUGUGUCCUUGCUGACGCCGGCAACCACAUGGCCGCCAUUAUUCUCGAUAAGACUGAUUAGCUGUUGAUUUCUGUCAAGUGGCGGAUAGAGGUAGAACUUCAUUGGCUUUCCGGUGGCAUCGAUAAAAACGUCGGAUUGUGCCGGCCCUGCACCAGGGUACUGGGCGAUCUGUUGGUGCAGCAUGCUAUCCAUGGUGCUGCGAGUGUGAUUAUCGG